AUGAAAGGCAUUUUCAAGCGUGGCCCGCGUAUUCCUGCUGUUGCCGAGCCCGGCACGGCGCCUGCAAGUGAUCCGUACAGCGCGAGCAGUGGCUCGCAGCUCCCGUCCGAUGCCGAGCUCUUGGCUGAGUACGGCGCGGGAUCGACACAGCCACAGACCAACACUCGCUCGAGCUACAGCCAGCCCGCGAGCAGCCAGCCGUCGUACGGUGCUCCGAGUGCCCAGUAUGGUGCGCGCCCCUCGUACGGUGCGCCUGGCGGGAUGCAGGCGCAGUCGUACGCCCCAAGCGAUCCCUACUCGCAGCAGUUUGAGCAAGGGCAGGAGCCGCUCGAUCCCGAGGAGGAGGAGAUCCAGGCGAUCAAGUUCCAGAUCCGCAACACGAAGCAAGAGUCGCUGAGCAGCACGCGCAACGCGCUGCGCCUUGCACGCGAGACGGAGGAGACCGCAUCCAACACCAUGGUCAAGCUUGGAGAGCAGAGCGACAAGAUCGGCGACACGGAGCGUCACCUCGACGUGUCCAAAGCGCAUGCGUCCCGUGCCGAGGACAAUGCGCGCGAGAUUUCACAGCUGAACAAGUCCAUCUUCCGGCCCAAGUGGAAGCGCGAUCGGCGUGCGAAGCGCGAGGCCCAAGAGGCCAAGGCCGUGCAGCGCCACAUUGACGAGCGCAUGGAGCGCGAGAUGACGCGCGAAGAGGUCCUCACUUCCCAGCGCCGCGUGGAAGAGAGCGUCCAAGGCACCGGCACCUUUAACCGCCUCAAGUCGAAGCUCUCUGGCCAGAACGACGUGCCGCUCGACCCCAAGGCGCAGCGUGACCGCUACCAGUUCGAGGCGACCGAGAGUGACGACGAGCUCGAGGACGAGCUUGACGCGAACCUCGACGAUAUCUCGUCGCUCAGCGCGCGUAUGAACGUCCUCUCCCGCGCAAUGGGCCAAGAGGUCGAUACACAGAACAAGCGUCUGGGCCGCGUGAGCGACAAGACGACCGACCUCGACACGCGCAUCUAUGCGGGCACGCAGCGUCUCGCGCGUCUCAAGUAG